GGGGACAAGGCACUUAAAGAGACAAGAAAAUUAUGGAGAAACAGACAGAUAGCAGGGCAAAGUCAAGAAAGUGCCCACAGUUCAUGGAAAUAUAUCAAUGAAAUUUCAAGCUUAUUUUCAAAAGAGAAUUUCUGAGUGAAAAUUUUAUUCCGAAAUUGAAGGAAACCCCUGGAUAAAUCCCAUUUUCUCAGUAAAUAUUUCCAGCAAUGGCCUUGACCAAUGGAAAAUUAACUGACACACAAAUUUCCAUCUACAGGCAUCAGUGACCAGAAUUUGUAGUUAAAUCAAUACUUUAUUUCUGGAAUUCUAGUGUAUUUAUUGAAUUUCAGGCUUGUAAUACACUCAGAUUUGUUUUCAACAAAUCUAAAAUGGAAGGAAUUGCUGAAGUGCAACCCUGAGAGAGGAGUUUCAUUUUCAAUUUUCAAAAAGUCAACCAAGCAGCCUGGCAACAAAUUUUCACACAUGACAUACCCUUCUGCUUUUUACCCUUUCAGUCUUUGAAAAUUUCAUCAUGAAACAGCAUGGCAGGUAUUGAUUGAGUUCAAGAGAAAAAAGAAGGAAAACUAAUUAAGAAAUGUUAAUCUGAACACUGUGAAUCAAGAAAGAGUAAGUAAUUUAGGAAAAUAAAAAAAAUAUAUACCGGUAUGUAGAUUGCAGUUGAUGAUGUAGAUUGAUAUUAACCAAACAUCACGGAUAUACCAAACAAAGUUACUGAAACUCUGGAUGAAGACUGGGAAAGGAAGACAUCCAUAUUACUAUGUUUAUAUAAAUGCAGAGAAAUAUUAUAGACUUCUGUGUAGGAAUGCACUGUGAAUGAUAAAACCUCAUAAACAUUUAUUAGAAAAACUUGAAAGGAAGGAAGGUAUCAAACUGUAGGAUGAUUAGAAAAUAAUAGCAAUCGUGAUUCUAUUGUGUGGAGAUCUGGCAUAUCUGAAGUGCACAUAACCCCAAGUGCUUGAGAAGAAAUAAUGUAACAUCUUCUGUGGUGGGUGAUGUAUAAAGUGGCUCCGCUGCACACACAUCUUUAUAGUAUAUAGUGAAGGAAAUUUGUAAACUGCAGGGAUAAAAAGUGUAUUAUUCUCUCACUGCAAGUGCAUUAAGGAAAAUUAAUUCACAGGUGUCUGUCUUAAUAGUGCUGCCCUGUUGGAUGAAAUUGUUUACUUAAGUUUCUGAAUUCAUUCAUGGAUGAAUUAUGAAAAGAAAUUAUACACUCCCAUAAAUCAGUGAGUCACUGAUAUAAUUUCUCUAUGAUAAUUAAUAAAGUUCUUUUCUCAUCAGAAGUGCCAAUACAAUGUAAUAAAGUUACAUGUAAGAACUGAUUACGUUGUGAAGUGACUACAGACUGGGUUUUAGUGAUCGUGCACUCUGGCAAUGCCAAUAAUCGACACCAGAGUCCUCUUUGUAGUGGCUUUUACCACUUUAUUACAAUUCAAGUGUGCUUCCCAACAAAUGGCUCCAAAUGUCUCCGACCCAGAGACUAGCAACACCAGCACCAGCAACAUGACCUCGCUGUCCUCAAUGCUUGACUCCAUUUCCUCAUUGCAGUCUAAUGGUACCAUGUAUAACAUUUCCAAUCCCGAUUCUGUUACAUUCCAACCUCGCUCCCCUUUAUGGCAAAAUGAAACGUUCCAUUUUUUCUUUAACCCUCUUUCAAUCAAUGACUUAGUGGUGGCGUCUAAUCGAACCGUCAAUUUCAACUGCACUUCCAAUAAUAUUCUCCAAUAUGUCAACAACGGCACGGGAAGCCAGUCAGGGAAUUUCUCGCAGACUAAAGAUAGCUCAGACUUUUCCAAUAUCAAUCUUAUAGUAGUAAUCCAGGCCCAUAACAGCGAAGUAGCCAGCUUAGUUCUUACUAAAGACAGUCAUAAUGGAGAGGAGGAUAAAAGUGAGAAAAUGGCCACAGAGCUUCCGGCUACCUCGUCGCUCAUUUAUAAAUCCAUCCAGUUAAACUCUGAACAUAAUUUUACCGUUUUGGCAAUGCAUAUGGGCUAUGCCACAAUGUCCGUAACACUGACAGACACAAAUGACUUAGAGAAGGUCAGGCAAGGAGCAUACCAAACAUUAGCACAUGCGGAAUAUGACAUACAGACAACAAGAGUGGGCAGACCCUCGGACUUUGCUUUUAAUUGUUCAGCAGCAGCUAUUGCAAUACUAAUAAGUUUUGGAAUUGGAUGUGUGACAGAUACAGAAAGCUUAAAAAAACAGUUGAAGUACCCUGUCUCCCUGGUGGUGGGAUUCUGUUGCCAGUUUCUUAUUUUGCCUGUGCUUGCCUUUGGUAUUGCCAUGAUGUUGCCACUUCACAAUGAUGUAAAAUUUGGGUUGCUGUGUGUUGCUUGUGUGCCAGGAGGAGGCUUGGGUCAUGUUGCUGUAAUUCUUGGCGAUGCAGACCUUCCACUUAGCUUAGCCAUGAAUCUCAUAAGCAUUGUGGCAAUGUUAGGCACAGCACCUCUGUGGAUAUUUGUUCUUGGGCAAUAUUUCUACCGAGACCACAGAGUCAUUCCUAUAUACAACUUUGAAAUCUGGUUGGCUUCAACAUUUUUUGCAUAUACAGCUGGACUUGUGAUUAACCGGUUUAAGCCAGCCGUGGCAGAUGCAUUACUAACUUGGAUUAUUAAACCAUUGAUGCUCCUGGCAUCCAUACUUUAUAUAACACUUGGUGUGUAUAUCAACAUGUACGUUUUUGAACGUAUUAAUGAAUAUGCAGUGUUAUCGGCUUUCCUUCUACCUCUAUGUGGCUUUACAGUAGCCUAUAUCACAGGAAAAAUAUUCCGACAAAAGGAUGCCUUUUGCAAAUCCAUGGCAUUAGAAACUUCCAGUUUGAACGUUUUAAUUGUGUUAGCAGCAAUUCGAUUUUCCCUAGCAUCAAAUAAGAACAGUGCAGAUUAUGCAUCUGUGGUUCCACUCUGGGUGAUGUUUACAAUUCCAGGAAUAUAUGUGUUACUAGCAAUAUUAAGAUUCUUCAAAGGUUGUAUAGCCAACUUUUUGGAAAGUAGAAAACAGCAACAAUUUCGACAUUUUAGUAUCGCCUCAGGCAUUGUCAAUCAAGCCAACAUGGCUGCUCUUUCUGCUCCGUUAUUUGUGACAGAAGUUACAGAUGAUGACCAAGGGUCUGUUAGUGAAAAAAUCACCGUGUUAUAGCAAAACCACAAGGAUAUAUAGCUUGUUAGUCUGUUCUUACAACUUUGCAUUUUCUAGGGAAUAUUUGUUCAGCAUACCAAUUAGCCAAUUUUACUGUCACUAUUUUUUCUCUGUUCCAAGUGAAAACAACGAUUUUGAAUGUCUCUCCUAGCUCUGCACUUUGUAUACACUUUAUAAACCUGAGGCAUUUUAGUUUCUUGUAUUACUUUUUGUUAUCCAUGUUAUAUAGAUUAAAAAAAUAUGAUUUAACAUAUAA